UCAGAGCGGCACUGGAACAGAGAUCUCUUUCUCCGAUAUCAUCUCUUUUUCCAUCAGAAGACAUCGCCAUGAGUUUUGUUGCUCCUCUUGCGGUCCUGCUCCUCUCUCUGUCUGGUCUGGAGGCUCUGAUUCUGACCCAGGAAAAAUCCCUCUCAGUGAACCUAGAAGAUAAUAUAAAAAUCCCAUGUGUAGUCACUGAUUCAUCUACGACAUGGGUUAUUUCAUGGUAUCAACAAAAGGCUGGAGGUGGCCCAAGUUUUUUGCUUGCCGACUCAUCUAGAGCAACUGGGCUUCCAACAAGAUUCACUUAUUCAGAAUCUGGUUCUGGGUAUACUGAGAAUCUGCACAUUAAUGGAAUCACGGCUGAAGAUGAGGCUGUGUACAUCUGUGCUUGUCAUGGAUGUGGUGUUCAACUAUUUGGACAAGGAACUGAAGUCAUCAUUGCCAGGCCUCCAGUACCUCCUUCUCUGGUCCUGAUGGCUCCAGCGCAGGCCCCUCUCCCCGGAGACAAGACCACCCUGGCGUGCCUGGCGCAAGGCUUCCGCCCUGACGGUGCCACCCUGUCUUGGUCUGACGACAGUGGCUCUCUGACUGGUGCAGAGAUCCAGAAGGGCGAGUCUCGGCGCCAGUCUGACGGCACGUACGUCCUUACCAGCCUCCUACACCUGCCUUCCACACGCUGGAGAUCUGGACAGGCCUUCACCUGUCACCUGAGCCAUGCAGCACUGCCCAAACCACUGAGCAGGAGUGUGAGCAGCGAACAGUGUUCAGCAUAGGGUGUAGACUUAGUGCCUAGACACUAAUCCUCACAAAGGAAGAGAGAACCAUUGUUGCUGUGUUUCACAUGUGGUAUUUUGGUAGAUUGGCAGAUCGCUUUAGAAGUUAUUGUUAUUGAAGUGUAACUUUUUUCACCAGGUCUUUUUGUUAUUGCUUGUAACAAGGUUUGAUCAAAUGUUGCAUAUUAAUGUUUUGAAUAAAGCAUGUCAAUUUAUAAUGA